AUGCACGUAAUUGCCCUAGUUACGAGCCUUGUGGGCAUUGCCAAUGCUGCCUGUCCUUAUAUGACUGGCGAGGCUGGCAAUCCUCAUAUCGAGCGUCGAGCUGACGGAGAUGCUGCUGCCAACACGGAAGAAUUUCUCUCCCAGUUCUACCUCAAGGACCAAGAUGUCUAUCUGACCUCAGACGUCGGUGGACCGAUUGAGGAUCAAAACAGUCUCAGCGCAGGAGAGCGUGGAGCUACCCUACUGGAGGAUUUCAUUUUCCGUCAGAAGAUUCAACGCUUCGAUCAUGAACGAGUACCGGAACGCGCCGUUCACGCUCGAGGUGCUGGCGCCCACGGAACAUUCACUUCAUAUGGCGAUUGGUCCAACAUAACUGCUGCAUCUUUCCUUUCCGCCAAAGGCAAACAAACUCCAAUGUUCACGCGCUUUUCGACCGUUGCUGGUAGUCGCGGAAGCGCCGAUACCGCGCGUGAUGUUCACGGCUUUGCGACUCGCUUCUAUACCGAUGAAGGAAACUUCGAUAUUGUUGGAAAUAACGUCCCUGUUUUCUUCAUUCAGGAUGCCAUCUUGUUCCCGGAUCUCAUUCACGCCGUCAAGCCCCGUGGUGACAAUGAGAUCCCCCAGGCUGCUAGCGCGCAUGACUCGGCUUGGGACUUCUUCAGUCAGCAGCCUAGCACACUUCAUACUCUUCUUUGGGCAAUGGCUGGCCAUGGUAUUCCUCGGUCAUUCCGUCAUGUUGAUGGAUUUGGUGUGCACACCUUCCGUCUGGUUACUGACGAUGGAAAGACCAAGCUUGUCAAGUUCCACUGGAAGGGAUUGCAAGGCAAGGCUAGCUUUGUGUGGGAGGAAGCUCAGCAGACCGCUGGUAAAAAUGCGGACUUCAUGCGUCAGGAUCUUUUCGAAUCCAUUGAGGCUGGACGUUUCCCCGAAUGGGAGCUUGGUGUUCAAAUCAUGGAGGAAGAGGAUCAACUUCGAUUUGGAUUUGAUCUUUUGGAUCCUACCAAGAUUGUCCCCGAGGAACUUGUUCCUGUUACGAAGCUGGGCAAGAUGCAAUUGAACCGGAACCCUAGGAACUACUUCGCUGAAACCGAGCAAGUCAUGUUUCAACCGGGUCAUAUUGUCCGCGGGGUUGACUUCACUGAGGAUCCCCUCCUCCAGGGCCGUCUCUUCUCCUAUCUAGACACCCAACUCAACCGUCACGGUGGUCCCAACUUCGAACAGCUCCCUAUCAACCGUCCCCGCGCACCAAUUCACAACAACAACCGCGAUGGAGCAGGCCAAAUGUUCAUUCCCCUAAACCCAAAUGCCUACUCCCCCAACACGGAAAACAAAGGCUCCCCAAAACAAGCCAACCAAACCGUUGGUAAGGGCUUCUUCACAGCCCCAGAUCGCUCAACAAGCGGCAAACUCCAACGCACCCUCAGCACAACCUUCGAAGACGCCUGGUCUCAGCCACGACUAUUCUGGAACUCACUCGUAGCCGCUGAGCAGCAAUUCAUCGUCGACGCAAUGCGAUUCGAGACCUCCAACGUGAAGAGCAGCGUCGUCCGCAACAACGUAAUCAUCCAACUCAACCGCAUUAGCAACGAUCUCGCCACGCGUGUCGCAAAGGCCAUUGGCAUCAACGCACCAAAGCCAGACGACUCUUACUACCACGACAACAAGACCGCGCACAUCGGUGCAUUCGGACAGAAACUCACCAAGUUGGAUGGUUUGAAGGUUGGACUUCUUGCAUCUGUGGACAACCCUGCAUCUAUUGCACAGGGCGCGAAGUUGCAGUCUGCUCUUUCUGACGCGGGUGUUGAUGUCGUUGUUGUUGCGGAGAGGUUCGCAGAUAAGGUUGAUCAGACUUAUUCUGCGUCUGACGCGGUGCAGUUUGAUGCUGUUGUUAUCGCCGAUGGUGCGGAGGGUCUGUUUGGAUCCAAGUCUUUCACUAGCUUGCCUACCAAGGGUUCCGGUGCCUCAACUCUGUAUCCCGCUGGUCGGCCUUUGGAUAUUCUGCUCGAUGCUUUCCGGUUCGGAAAGACUGUUGGUGCACUAGGCAAGGGCUCUGAAGCUCUGAAGUCUGGGCUCAUUUCUUCAGACCGUGAGGGUGUGUAUACUGCUGGCAGCCCUGAGGAUGCCUUUAUCAAGGAUAUUAAGGAUGGACUUCGGACAUUCAAGUUCUUGGAUCGGUUUGCCAUUGAUGAGUAA